AUGGACAGAGAAGACAAUUAUGAUAUUCCGACACCUGAUACAAGUCGUUCGAACAGUAUAAACGAAGAAGAAGAAGAAGAGGACAAAUCAGUUGAACCUACACCAGCAGUUCCCGUUGAAGAUACAACUCAAGCGGAAUCGUCUCGUUCACAUGAUCAAUCGACAGAUGUUACUCAACCAACAAGACCAGCAAAACGUGCAACAUUUGUCCCAAGUUCGUCAUCAUCCGAAUCUGAAAACGAUUUUGUCGCUGUCGAGAGAAAUGAUGCCGAUGACGAUGCUUCAGCGAUUACAAAUCCUGUAAGUUGCUUCAGUCUGAUCGAAUAUGAUUGCUUGACAUCAUAA